CACACUUCGAAGAUCCUGCGGCCACCCUGCUCCAAGUGGCGGUGCUCGUGCUCGUUGGGCCGUCUGCCGCAGCGCUGUGGCCGGUGGGUUCGUGAUGGCUGGGGUGGUGCCCGCCCGCCUGGCCGCGGGUUCCUUGCAGGGUGCUCUGCCCUUGAUGCGUGUAGAGCAGCCGCGCUGCCGACGGGCUGCGGCUCCAGCAGCUGCGCUCCCCCCACUGGCCAGCGCGUCCCAGCCCUGGGGCCACAGCAUUGGGCAGGCGGCGGGGCGAUACUCUGAGUGUUGCGCUCCCCAGCCCUCCUGCGACAGCUGUGGAUUGGGCUCUGCUUCUUUCCUUUCUGGUGUCCACUCUUUACGUGGUGCCAGCAGUGGCAGCGUGGGCCUAGCGGGGGACGUGUUGACCUUCACAGAGAAGGACGUGCGGCGAAGGGGCAGCGUGCAGUGCGCGGCAGGGAAGAAGGUGACCAAGAAGAAGAGGACCGGGGGGGGCGCAUUUGGGGCGGGAGGGGCAGGACCCAGAGAAACCCCUGCGGUGUUGCUGCGACGAGCGAGUGAGCUGUACGAGACAUUGAUGCGGCCGGAGCUGCUGGAGGAGGGCCUUGUGCGCGAGUACGUGGUGUGUGCGCGCCUCAUCCUGGGUGAGGAGCCCCUGCCGGAGGCGGUGCGCACGCUGCAGCUGCUGCACGACUGGCUGCCCGUGGCGGAGCUGGCGUUCCUCUCCGCGCAGGAGGACAACGUUGCGCAGAUGCUGCCCCUCAUGAAGAGGGAGAUCUGCGAGUGCGUGCAGCGGGCGGUGCCAGAGGCCAAGAACGUGCCCCGCACCAUGCUGGAGUACGCGUACGAGAAGCGCGAGAGCUUUGUGAAGCACGUGCUGGAGAACGUGGACAACAGCAGCCGCGAGGCGGCACCCAGCGAGCAGGACCCCUUUGCAGUGCUGGGCCUCAGCCGGGGGGCCGGCUCACAGCAGGUGCGCACGGCGUACCGCGCGAUGGCGGCCAUCUACCACCCCGACAGGAACCCCGCCGCCGACGCCGCAGCCAAGUACAUGCAGGUGACCAAGGCUUACGAGCAGCUGAAAGCCGGAGGGGGGACGGCAGGCUCCGGCUUCUCUGCGUAUGCGUCCAUUGGCGGGCGGGAGCGGGACGACUUGCACGGGCCCAUUGACAUGAGCAAGUCGGUGAAGCAGGUGGGGGACGGCAAGGAGAUUGCAGUGCGGCCCCUUGACGAGGACAUUGUGGGCAAGUUCGCGGCGCGCGCGCACUCGGUCGCUAUGAAGCGGAGCACCAUGGUCGACCGGACCAGGCGCGCCCAAACAGUCGCAGCGUAGCUAACACGCACCAUACGUGACCCGGAGGCUCUUGCAGGUUGCAUUCUUUCUAGGACAGGUUUAGUACAUAAGCUAUGAUACUC